ACACUCAACAUAGAAACUAGUACUAGUAGCAACAUCGAGUACUGCUGCGGAGUAAAAUCUUACUUGAAAGAUUUUGUUCACAGCAACUAGAACUUUCUCAUUGUUUCCUUUAACAUAGACUUGUAGUUUUAAUUUAUAGUUCUCAACUGUUGUUUACCUUUCAUUAACACAAACUUUUGCAUCCAGAAUUUAAAAAAGUUAAGGCAAACUGUGUAAAUAGCUUGUUGACACGGACAAAUUUUAGUCGAGUUCGCUGCGUUGUACAUGUUAAUUUAAUUGUAUAUUUUGACUUAUGCCGUAUUAGUAUUUCGUCUAAAUCUUAUGUAAGUCAGAGGAAAUAACUGAAAUAAUAUACAUUUCGCAAAUGUGUCCCUUCUACUAGAGUGUCACUAUAUGAUUUCGACCUAUUUUGUAAACAACCCAUCGAAGCAAUGAAUUGGAUUACCAGCAUAAGUAUUGAUAUUUAGAAGUGCAAUAUUUAGAAAAUAUGUCCAAAGGUGCUGCUAAAUAUCUAUUGACGAGUCACACGUUGGAAUGAAAUUAAUACUAAUGGCUUCGUUAUUGUCCAUUUGUUUUACUGGAUCGAGACAAUCUUUUCUUCGUUGGAUAACCUUACGACGGCCAGUAAACUGAUAUUGUUAUCAUGAAAUCGGUGUUUGCUAAAAUUAAACGAGCGGAGGAUUCUGUACACUUUUAUAUAUUGAAAAUAUAAUCUUAACGAUUCAAAAACUUAAUAUAUCGGGAUAACGAUCAGCAAGUUGGAGGGGCGUAAUCAUAUCCGCGUAUAGCACUAUGACUCGAUAUUUUCGCUAGAAUACAGCUCUGCCCGUGCAUAUGGCCAAGCUCGAUUGAAUUGCCGGUCACGAACACUCUAUAUAAUACAGGACUCAAAAGCGAAUUAUGUGGGCACAAAAUGUAAAAAAAAUCAGAGUGAUAGCACAAAGCCUUAAUAGUCAGUGACUAUUGUUCUUUGCACCAUCGAUGAGUUUUGCAGGAUACUGUGUUACGUAUAAUUGUGUGGGUAGAUGUAUAAAAAGGGCCUCAAUUUGUAGAGAGGUUAUGUUAAAAGGACCACUCGCAAAUAACGCAAGUUGCAUAGAACUGGUUGGACUUGCUUUUCGCUUCUCCACAAUUUGUCAACGUUUGAAAAAAUGAUAACAUUGCCCAUUUUAAGUUAUAAUGUACUUAUGACCAAACGUAGUCAUCACAGGUGAAAAAAAAUAACAAACAUUUGAGCUAAAAUAUGUUUUUAAGAAAAAAAAUGUAAGACAAAGGAGAUUUUUUUCAUGGGUGUUUUGCCGUACUACUGGCCAUACCCAUAAAUCAAAUACUUAAUUAGAAUAUUUGCUUAGUGAGAUACUGCUUCUUGUCGCCAUAUUCUUGAACAUUGCCACUACAUUAUUAUAGUUUCCACCAUGUUGCGGCGCUACGUAACAGAAGUAGACAUCAUUAGCGAGCUUAAGACGCAUCUCAUUCUGGGACAAUGGGAGGUUGUCGAAGCUUUUAUCGAGUUUCUUGUCGGUGAAGAGGAGAAGCGACAGGUGACUGAGAUUCUCACCAGUGUUGCUCUUCAGCCCCAGCUAAACAGCUACUGCUUGGAAGCGAAUGUCCGAAAUCCUGAACAUUUGGCCUUCCUCGCGGCUCAAUGUCUGGGCGACGAGAAACUCAUAAAGGACGCGGCUUUCCGUUACUUACUUCGCAAUAUCCCACAACUCGAUGAUGAGAUUAAAUAUCUCUUGCUCGAGUCCUAUACACAGGAAUCUGUGCCGGAACAGCGCGUCCUAAAUGCUCUUCGUCAGCAUUGUCUCGUACCUAGACCUUCGAUAAGUCUAUUUAUCGUUCUCGAAGUCCUAAAGCUGCCUUACGUUACAUUGGAGUGCGUACAGCAAGUAUGCGUCGAAAUGCAACGGACAAACUCGGAUUGGUCCAUUGAUCAACUGAUGGAUAAACUUCAGGAACUGAUCGGCUUUACAUCUUCGUGCAACAAUGUGCCAGACGAGCUGGUCACGAUUUUAACAGACCAGCUUGUAGAAGCCGUGCUUCCUCGCAGAGCUGAACGGCUAAUGUCACUCGCCAUUGGGUGCCGAAAUAUUUCGUUCCAACGCAAACUACUACAGGCCAUAAGUGACAAAGAAUGCAUACUCAGUCAGGCUAAAGCGCAAGGCAAUCAACACUUUCUAGAGCUUCACCUGGACAAUCUGAUAACAGCAAUGGUAAAUAAUUCAAAGCUACCGAAGAAUCUACCUGGCGUAAAUUUGCUACCGUUAGCGCUUAUGUUUAGUUGGGAACAGCUUUCAGCAAAGGUGGCCUUUACCCGACUUGACGAGCUUGAAAGGCGUUUUCCGAAAGAUCCUUUGGUGUUAAGGAUGGCGACAAUUGUUCGUGAAUGUCGCCUUAUUUCUUCGGUGACAAAGACCUCUACUCUGUUAGACCUUGUUGGCCAACGGCAGACUCAGAGUCUGUUACGCGUUGUUUAUUCGACUGGCGCGCUGCGCGGAAUGAAGGAUGCACAAGUUAUGCAUAUCGUCAACGAUGACUACCAAUCGCAUAUACUUAGAGGUGUCCUUGCUCUGAAACACGUCUCUGCAGCUCUGCAUUUUGCUAUUCUGAUUGCUGAACGUCGGAUAGAUCGAAACUCGAUUUUUCAGCCUCGAAGCAGUGAUCUAGAACCUAAGCUUGACAAUACGCACGAUAUAGUCAAGUACAUUGAACAGCAUGGACCAGAUGUUUCAUUCGAUGCUUUGGUAACUCCUGAACUCAGUGCAAUGGAGGAUCUGCUGUUAGAACUUCCGAGCAACGAGCUCAAGGUCGAGGUGUUGGAGAAUAUAUUUUCACUGCUUUUCAUAAGCCACCGUGAAUUGCAUGAAGAUGAGGCGCCAUCUAAGGAGGAUAUCCAGACCAAUAAAGGUAGCUCACGUUACAAGUCAGCAGACAGCAGCCACUGCAUUCGUGGUAGUGGCUUUUUAGCACCGAAGAAAUUCAUCCGCACGUUGCUACCCGUUCUGCUAACUCAUAUCCAUACUAGCAAGCUCAACCUGCCUCAUAACGAAGAUCUGCCAAUUCGACUCGAGACUCUUCUUGCCCAUGUAACAAAUGCCCGAUGGAGGCUGGAGCUCGUGGAAGAGCAGCUCCCGCUUAGUAUUAAAUAUGUAGAAAACAUCGAAGCUGAGGACUUGUCAAACCCAUUGACGCGUGGAAGUGGAGGUCCUAGCACAUCCCCGGGCGUUCGAAAACGUCGCACUGCUCGAGUCAGAACAAAGUCAUAUAUAGCCCAGAUGGUGCCUCGGGCACCUCAGGCUUCAGUGGUCGAGCUAAUGCUCUCUACGAUGGACGCUCUUUUGAGGCACUGCCUCUGGAAGGGUGAUUAUGAACGCGCCCUCCAGGUUCGACAGUUUGCCAUGUUGGACAAUACGCACGCCACAAGUGGAGCAGAACUUGAGUUCUGUCUUGCGAUGCCGCAAAUCGAAGAGGAGUUGAUUAGAAUUCAAAAAGCCAAUGCAGGCUCAAGUGUGAUAUUUUCUGCCAUCGAUUCAUUCCUUCAGGCCCGACCACUUUUGUCCAACUUCGAAAGUUUGUGUCGUUUCUACAUGAAUCUUGCAUUCACAUCGGGUUUGAGCUUAGCGAUUGCUCAUAAGCUGCUCACGUACUCGGCAGAUCUUUCGAAGGACAAUGGAACCAGUAACGCGUACCAAGCAAUCAACAAAGGUUCCAGCAUGUUGGCAUCUCUUUGCGAAAAACUGGCCGAUACGCAUUUAACUCUAAACAAAGCACUAAACCUGUCGACGUGUCACUUGGAUGGCGUACAAAUUCGAAACGAGUUGACGUUCUGGAAAGCACUUCGAGUUACUCUCGAUAAAGUUGGGAAACUCCUUUGCCAAGAGCAGGAGAAAGGCAGCUCAAUCUCUGAAGUGUACCAGGAGUUUUUCAGACUAGGGAAAAUGGUGGGAACUGAAAUUCGAAAGUACCGCACUCGUCUUAGCCAGUUUAAUUUUGACUUUACUCGCGCACUGUACGCACAUGCCAGACAAGUGUACAAAGCGUUAGAGGAAAAGCAGCAAAGUUUAUGUCCAGAGCAGCGUAAUUGUGCUUUGCUACGUGGCCCAGGAUGUGGGUGUUAUUUUCGAGUCUUGGAAGAAUGUUCUCCGUCGAUGACUUUGCUUAAGUUAAUAUUGCAUGACCAAGUCUCGCCAACAAAACUUGAAGAAUUUGCUUCAAAUAUGAAACUCAACAUCACGCAGUGUGUCUCCAAAGAGAUACUCUCGAAUAUCUACAUGCGCACGACUACGCAUUCGGAUUCGUUAACCGUCAAGGUCCUUAAUGCUGACAGGCUUUCUUCAGGUGUACCUUUCGGAAGUUCAAAUAGCGGAAGCCAUAAAAAUUCGUUGGCAGGCACCAUUCAAACUAGCAACGGUGGUAAUCAGUUCUCACGUAACGCCUCAUUCGUCGCGAAAAAGAUGCUCUCGCAGUUGAUUGAUAUCCUUCGAGAGAGAUGUCCAUGCCCUAAAAAGCUAGUUAUGGAGAGGUAUGAUAACCUUCGUGAGGUUGCGUUUUGGACUCAGUUUGAAAGAUGGCGUGAAUCGACUCGUGAACUUUCCAACGUUGAUCUGACAAAGCUGAACUCCGAGGAACGGAUCCCAUUUUUUCUGAACGUGCUACACUGUCUCACGCUUGAACGUUUCAUCCACCGAUACCGAAAAGGGCUGCCUCUGAUCCAGUCUACAUUGGAAAGACAAAUUGAUGAAAGUCUAUAUGGCUACGAGAUUGGCUGCAUGGGCGUAGUCACAAUACUGCAACUGAAAUAUUCGAUCCUUUUCUGUGGCCAUUCGUUACCACGGCUCGCGGCCCCGCUAACUGCAGCAGCUGCAGUCGCUCCGCAGCCAUUUUUGCCCGCGCAGAGCCAUCUGACGGUAUUUUCGCUUGUUCAAUGUUGCGAGGGCGAUCCGCCGCUACGAGUUAUCGAAACGGAGGAUCAACUUAACGAGGGAUUCGCCAAAGCUAUACCCAUGGUUAAGGUUGACAACGAAAAUAAAAAACUGUACGUCCCAUGGCAAAUGGAGGAGAUAAUCAAAGGGAAGUACUUUAUGAAAGAUGCUGAUUGGGACAUACAACGAAUAACUGGUUUGAAAAUGAAUGGUAGUGGUCUCACAUUGGAUUUUGUUCGUCCAUCAAAGUUCUUCUUGAAUCUUCACCCAGCUUCGUUUUCUCCGGAUAUCUGCAAACGCCAGCAAGAACCCGGGCUGCAGCUCCCCUUAAGUGUCGUUCGGUACAUGGAGCAGCACUGUGCCCCUGUAGGGGUUAUACUUCAACUCACAGCAAAACAAAGGGAUAAAGUGAACAGAAACCUUUGGACCGAGCUCAAAGGAAAUUCGGCACUUGAGCGAAUUCUGGAUGUGCUGCCAGAUGCCAAGGAGACGGUUUUGUCGGGAAAUAUAGCUGAAGAUAUCUGGAAUGUGCUCGAGUCUUCGGAUUCGCUUGUGAAGAUGUUGGACUGCAUCGAUUUUUGCGAUGCUAUUUGCGGUAACCGUUUAGUUACCUCAAAACUUUAUUAUCUAAAACAGCAGAUCUUCAAGAUUCUCACUAAGGAGCACUACUGUUAUCUUCUUAGACUGGAUAAUUCGACUUCGAAGGCAGCUGCAUUUGUUGAGAACUAUAUUAAUUGGUUGGACAAGGAUAUCGAGAAUGCCACCAAGGCGUUGAAGAGUGUUGUACCUAAGAGUGAUACUCAUUAUGCGAAAAUGAUAACCGAGAUGGAGCGAAUCCUGCUGUAUCAGUCAAUCGGAAGACUGCUUCAUAUUGAAUGGCGGUUAGUUGUAAAAGAUAUACCGUGGGUGAUUUCCAAACUUCGCGAAGGGAAUCACUUCGAUUUUAUCCAUAAGAUUUCAUCACUGGGUCUUGUGGAUCCAAGCAACACGCAGCUGAAUCAGACAGUUACCGAAUUAAGCACGUACCACCAGUUUUCCUUGGCUUGCGAGGAACACUACUUUGCUGGACUUCGAACUGUUGACAGUAUUUCUGAUAUCGAAGCACGAUUAGCAUUUUGUCGACGACUGCUGUAUCAGUUGACGCCGUGCAGAGGAAAACUUUACUUGCUUCGAUACAUGAUCUCAAUUUAUUUUAAGGAAGAGGCUCUUGUCAAGCGUUUAAAAACGCAAGCACUAGGCCUGGAAGCUUUGUUGAUAAUUCCAGUGGCCCAAAGGUGGGAGUAUCUUCAUUUGGAUGAAUGGCCAGAACUGAUUAUCGAGGCACUUCUUAUGAAUGGCCGUUUAGACCUCGUGGACGAAAUACUCGCGCGUUCAGAGUCUCUAACACCAGAAUUCAUAGCGAAAGUCGACGGUCUAUGUGAGGUUUUCGCCAAAAAAGCCCUUGAGUUGAGCAACAUAACGACUCCACACAGUAAAAGAUCUUCAGUAAAUCCUUCUGUACAAAGAUGUUCUGUCUCUUCGUUCGUAAUGCCUAAGAAGACGCCGUCUGUAAAAGAAUGGGUACGGGACCAAGAGAUUACAAAAUGCAUGAUUUGUCGGACCAAGUUUACUUUUCUUGUCAGGAAACAUCAUUGUCGGCGCUGUGGACGAGUUGUGUGCAACAAUUGUUCUUCUAGAGGCGGGCUUAUGGUGCAAGGCUAUGGCGAAGUACCGGUGAGGGUUUGUGACGACUGCUUUGUUCAGACAACGGACCCCGAAGUUGUUGAAGCAACUGAGGCCAUCGAGACUUUCACUCCUAAUUCUUUCUCUAAAAAGGUCACACCGUUCAGGGUUACAACUACGUGGUGUAUCAAAGAACCGAUAGGAGAAGAUAACCGCGAAUUCAAUGCCACUACCCGACGAAUUUUUUGUUACGAACAGGCGCCAAGUGUAAGCUUGUGUUUGUCUAUUCUAGAUCGACACUCAAAUUUAGAAAAAGCGGUCGAGUUCAUUCUAAGCCUCUGUGACCGCCUUGUACCACUUUUGGGAUCCCCGUCCGAGAUUGAUCAUGGCCAAGGAAUAGCCAUGUUGCAAACACUGCUGUUAAAAGCACGUUUUAACUUACUCAAGAUCAACAGAGAGGCGUCGUUGGAAUGGUGCGACUCGUAUCUUCAGACACUUGAUCUGCUCAAGUUGCUUGUCAAGAACAACUGCCAGGAUCUAAUUCCCAAAGAAGUUUUGCAGCAGAAAGGCAUAAGAAACAAGGACUGGCGUAAUGUACAUCGCAAACUUCGCGAUAAGCUUCUUGAUGCCGAAAGAUUUCAACUGGCUUUGGAGGUUUCUAUUAAAUGCAAUUUGGAAGAGAGCGCUGUGCAAGCUGCGUGGGGGCUGUCAAUGCUAAAGGCAGGCGAUUGGUCGGCUGCUCGCGAGAAACUGGUAACGAACUGCCUAAGACGUCCUUUGGAUGUAAAUAAUUCCAAAACUGAAAGCCCUCUGCUAAAGGACAUCUUGGCUGUUCUAGAGAACUCUACCUAUGCUGGCGUUACAAAAUCUGCGGCAGUUUAUUGCACACUCGCCAAUUUAAAAAAUAUUAAAGCAAAUGGUAUUCAACAUCAAACUGUCCAAAGUAUGGACCACCUGAUUACUGUAGCGACCGAGAGUUGGUUCUAUCUAGAGCGUUUUGCCUGCCAUUCAACGAUUAUUUCAUAUUUGAGCCGUAAAAAGGAUCUGAAAGAGGCACUUGAAUAUUGUCUUAACCAUAAGUGCGAAAAUCAGAUAUUUGUUGAGAAUUUGUUCAUACCGUGUCUUCGGACGGGCUCUCUGGAACUAUUCUUUCAGCAGAUGCAGUUGAUUGAGCACUGCCUGACAAAGUUUAAUUCCUAUCUUCUCUCCCUCUGUAUCUACCUCGAGCGACAUAACUAUGUGAACACUUUAUAUAGGGUCCAGAUUUUCAUGGAGGACUGGAUGCGAGCUGCGAUGACAUCAAUUAAUUUCUUCGAAAGCGAAACGGCUAGCCUUUCGAUGAAGGAAGUGGCUGCUGAGAAGCUCCAUCAUCUUGCCGAUGCUAAGAAAUAUCUUGAGCUUUUCUUACAACGCAGCCUUGAAAACGAUCAGAAAUCAAGCGAAGACGCGGGUCAGCAUUCUAAGCGAAUCAAAGAUAUUUACCGUCAUUUGAGUACAGUUUCGCUCCAGAUCGACGUAUGCCGUUAUCUGGCUUGCAGGGAAGAAGCUCAAAAUGGCUUCCUGAUUACUUUGUUGGAUCCACCAAAUCCUACUAAAAAAGGCCUUACUACUAAGGACAAGUUUUGUCCAUGUGGUGGCUCUUCGGGUCCGCAGCCAACUUUGAAACCAAAGCCGACUCUCUUUUCCACCGACGUUAAUGUUAAACAUAAUCUUGCAACAAUGAUUUUGCUGAACGGUUCCAGUGUGGAAAAUGGCUUCGGUCUUUGUAUGCGCGUUGUGACCGACUGCCAAUUAGACGGAAUGGAUGUCCUCAGAAGAGCGGUGGAAUUCCUUGCCAGAGCCGGAAAUAACGAGGAGGUUAAUCUAGACGAAAUACAGCGUCUGUCGAAGUGUGUCCAGCAAUCUGGGUAUAACAAUGAUCUGUAUAACAUGGACAAGGUGUUCAUAGCAGUGAUUGCCACUUUCCAAAAGAAGAACACGAAUGAUCCAGAGAAGCUGAAUGUUAUUGUGGACUCACUGUUGAAGCUCAUCAGUGACGAUAUGAAUAAGAUCGUUGCGUACACGGAGUCUGGCCGUUUACGAUCGGCCUAUAUGUUGGCAGUAAGAUUAGGCCAGGUAGACGGAGUACGAAGGAUUCGUGAGAAAGCUACUCAACUUAAACAAACAACAGUCUACAAAAUGUGCGAUAAAUGGCUGCAGAACAGACGAUGACUUACGAAAUGCUAUCAUAUCUGCAUUCCUUUCGUCGCGCAAAAUUCCCGAUAUUAGUUAGGUCGAGAUCCAGUAUAAUGAUGUUACCUAAGUUUGGUAGAAUCGCUAUAAUUUCAUAAGCUAAUUGUGACAGCGAUAAUCUAUUCGAAGUUGAGUAUAUUUUGUAAAUGAGCAAGGAUGACGUAUACGGAUAAUAGCUUACUAAAUCUGUGAACGAUAAUAUGCGAAUGAUAAUUACGUGCAAGAAAUUAUUCAAACCGAAGAGACGGUGCAGUGCCUACAGUCAUUAGAUAUCCGUAUAGCAAGUCCAAUGCAUAGUCAAAAGUAUAAAAAUUUUGCUGUUUACCUUUGCCAGUAGUAAGCUGUAUGCAUGGAGCUUCGUAUAUAUAUAUAUAUAUAUAUAUAACCGCGAUUUUGCGAAAUAGACAAUUUUUUGUUCUUUUUUCCUAUCGGGGAUGUAGCAUCAAGUACUGAUCACUGCAAGGGAGGAAAAGCAGUCCUUUGUGGCAGUGCUAUUGAGUUAGGCAGAGUCAGCCUUUUACAUGGACAUUGUAGCAAUAACAUUACUAUAUUUAAUGCAACAAUAAUUACAUAAUUACACUUAUAUUUUAUGUAACAGCCUUGUACUAUAUCUUCUUCCCCACCAGAGUAAAUAAUGGUUUCCAUUUCUAAGAUUGUUAGCACGUUUAAGAAAUAAGCUAACACACAGAAUUGUAUUUUCCUAAAGCUAUGUACAAGUUAAGGACUUUGCUUCUGUAUGGUAUGUUAUAUCGUCUAAUUGAUAAAGGAUUUACUUAGUGCUACAUUUA